AUGACAACACUGUUGUGCUCCCCUAUCAUGUUCUGGUUCUAUGUCAACAAGACCAAUUUAGUCUCUAGGCUAUCAUCCAAGUACAACGAUCAAACCUACACUGUAUUAUGGGAGGACUUUGAAGUGUUCAACGCAGACUAUCAGCUACUUCGCCAGGAGCUCUACCGUCAGCUCAACCCAAAGGACAAUGAAAUCGCCUUCAACCAACCUCCAUUCAACAACUCCUUUGUUGUGCAUCGUGACAACUUUAUCAAGUACUACGGACGCACCUUUGCAGCACGCGCAGCAAUCUUCUCAAUGAACGAACGAAUCAAUGUCAACACCGAGCCAUACUCCAACUUGAGGGUGCUUCCUGGUGUCGGGGACCAGAUUGCCAAAGACAUCAUCACACAUCGACAUCAAAAGGUCUUUGCCAACCUGGACGACCUGAAGUCAAGGGUUACCAGAUUCCCUAAAGACUCGUAUACCAUGGUAGAGUUCUAA